CGUCCGGUGGUUUGGUCCGGUCUGGCCUACCAGACCUGCUAGAGAGCUCAGUCCGCCGCCGCUCAGCUGCGCUCCCGGCGCCGCCUCCUCCCAGCCUCCCGGAGGCUGCGGUGCUUCUGUGGGUGGGGGAAGGCUGGACUGACGCAGAAUGACAAUGGCAACACGACAAGAAGUUCUUGGCCUCUACCGCAGGAUUUUCAGGCUUGCGAAGAAAUGGCAGGCUGCAUCAGGGCAGAUGGAAGACACCAUUAAAGAAAAACAGUACAUAUUAAAUGAAGCCAGAACGCUGUUCCAAAAAAACAAGAAUCUCACAGACACAGACCUGAUUAAACAAUGUAUAGAUGAAUGCACAGCCAGGAUUGAAAUUGGACUACAUUACCAGAUUCCUUAUCCAAGGCCAAUUCAUCUGCCUCCCAUGGGCCUUACCCCACUACGAGGCCGGGGACUUCGAAGCCAGGAGAAACUGAGGAAAUUUUCCAAACCAAUAUAUCUCAAAUCUCAUGAUGAAGUUUCCUAACUCAGAAUAAAUUUUUUUUUUUUCUGAGAAUGAUGAGCCAACUAGGCCUUGAAUAUAAACCAGUUAACAAUUCUUGAUUAGGAGCAAAAAUCCAAUUAUCUUCUUAAAACCUCUGAAAUAUUGGUACUGUCCGAAUGAGGCUCUUGCUGCCUGACGAGGCAAACACUAACCGUAGAGGUCAUGGACCUUAUAUCCUCACUGAAGCACCACUUGGAAACAAAACUAAGGCCUGUGGGCAGAAGACUGAAGGGUGACAAAAGCUUUCAAGGGAAUGCCGAUCACCAGACAUGCCAGCUGAUAUGAAGAAAUUAGCCAAUUGAUGGAAGUUCUCAUGGCUACUUUAGAAUUAUACACUACCCUUCAGAAUAUUUUUAGGCCUUUUUUUUUUUCCAAGUUAUAGAUUUACUUAAAAGUGGACUUUUUGUGUUGCUUUGUUGUCUUUUGGAACUUCCCAUUUCCAGAUAAAAUUCCCUUAAAAAGUGCAUCGUUGGAUCAAUCAUGGUUUUUCAUUGAAAUUUUAUGAGACACAUCUCUGCCCCAGAUGUACACAUACACAAAAGUGCAUAUCUUAGGUAAAUGCAUAUAUUUAGUUUAUCUUAAAGACUGUGUUUACUUUGGAUACACCCAAGACCUGAAAGGCUCACUAGAAACUCAUACUGCGUUCAUUAUGAGAAUUUUAUCUUAACAUAAUUAGGAAGUACAAGAGCUAAGCUGGCUUUCAAAUUAUGUCCAAACAGAAAUGGAACAAAGUAGAGAUCAAAACACAAUGUACUUAUACCCUUGCAUGUGUGGAUACAGCUGAGAUUCCCAUGGCAGGUCAUUUGUAUAUCAACGUCAUUCCCUCUUACCUCCAGAGGGGAUGGGUAAUCACCAAUAAAGAAAAAUCUCUAUUUA